CAACUCUCGGACCACUAUCUGAGGGCUAUAUUUACUUUCUUGACCACCGAUUCCGAGACCUAUUCCGAGAUAUUAUACGACAAUAAACUGGAUAUCGCCGAUAGGAUAGCAUUCGCCUGUAUAUACCUGUCUGACCCUCUCUUGUGCGAAUAUUUAAAUUAUUUAAACCGAGCGCUGACUGAAAGCGGAAACUUAAGAGGAAUACUAUUGACGGGAAUCACUAACGAAGGACUGGAACUGUUCGCCCGAUAUAUCGAACUGACGAGUGAUGUGCAGACCAUUAGCUUAAUUCUGUUGCGAGCGCUGCCGAGUCCUGUCUGCGAGACGCCCAGAGCUAAGACAUGGAUUGAGAGCUAUCGGCAACUGUUGGACUGUUGGCGUCUGUGGAACAUCAGAGCCCAGUUCGACAUCGAAUGGUAUAAAGCGUUGUAUCACUUGAAGGAACCGAAACAACACGUGUUCGUGUCGUGCAAUUACUGCGGCGUUCCCAUCAGUUCGUACAUCAGUCGCGCCAAAGGCGUGAAAGCGCAGGAGACGUAUCAGCACCAGCUCUCCCACCAUCAGCACAACCGUAGUUCCGCUCCCCAUCCCAACAAGAACCGCAUCCAGAGCUGUCCCACGUGUAGGAAACCGUUGCCGCGAUGCGCCCUAUGUUUGACACAUUUGGGUACACCCGGCGGUCAGUACUGGAGGCCCGGACUCUCGUUCAAUAAAAGCGAACGCAAGUUAAGUCAAUUCAACUCGUGGUUCACGUGGUGCCAGACGUGUAGGCACGGCGGCCACGCCUCCCAUUUGAUCCAAUGGUUUACAGAGCAUAUCAAUUGUCCGGUCGCCGGAUGUGAGUGUAAGUGUAUGUCAUUGGACGCCAACUCUAAGCUAUCGUCUAAUAUCAGUGUUUAAGCAAAUGUUGAGUUAAAAGUGUUUAUUGUAAAUAAAAUACACAUAUAUUUCUUAUACGGUACAAAUGUAUGACCAAAUUAUGCGAUCCAUUAACUGUACUAAUGAUAUAAUGGGCCCAAAGAUCUCUCGUGCAAUAAUUUACCGAUUCUUCCGC